GAGUGCAAAUCAGAAGAUGCCACUUGCAAGGCCUCUGAAUCUGAACCUGAGGAAUUAUCAGAUGAAGCAAGUGCUGAUACUUUGUAUGGAACUUCUCCUCCCAGUACGCCCCGGCAGAUGAAACGCAUGUCAACAAAGCACCAGAAAAGUAACGUUGGGAGACCUGCUAGCCGUUCCACUCUGAAAGAAAAAAUGGGUUUGCCAACUCAGUCUGCGCAUAAAGACAAUGGGAAGACCAUUGAGAAUGUGGAAGAGCACAGCUACAAGCAAGGGAAAAAGAACCGAGCCACCCUAAGGACGACAGAACGAGAUCACAAGAAAAACGUGCAGUGCUCCUUUAUGUUAGACUCAGUCGGGGGGUCUUUGCCAAAAAAGCCUAUUGCAGAUGUUGAUCUCAAUAAGCCUUACCUCAGCCUUGGCUGCAGCAACGCUAAGCUGCCCGUCUCGGUGCCCAUGCCAAUAGCCAGGACUGCACGCCAGACUUCUAGGACUGACUGCCCGGCAGACCGCUUAAAAUUCUUUGAAACCCUGCGGCUUUUGUUAAAACUUACCUCAGUGUCAAAGAAAAAAGACAGGGAGCAAAGAGGGCAGGAAAACACCUCUUCUGUCUGGCUGAACCGAUCCAAUGAACUGAUCUGGCUGGAGCUGCAAGCUUGGCACGCUGGCCGGAGCAUUAAUGACCAAGACCUCUAUCUCUACGCGGCUCGCCAAGCUAUCCCUGACAUUAUCAAUGAAAUCCUCACCUUCAAAGUGAACUAUGGAAGCUUCUCUUGUGUCAAAAAUGGAGCCAGUCUCAACGGUACUGCAGGAGAAGGAGUUUGCAAAGCAACCCGUGGAACGAGUGCUUUGGGUUAUUCAAAUUACCACGAACACCUCCAUCGCCAGCGGGUCUCGUUUGAGCAAGUAAAGCGGAUAAUGGAGCUGCUGGAGUACAUAGAAGCACUUUAUCCCUCUCUGCAGGCUCUUCAGAAGGACUAUGAAAAGUAUGCUGCAAAGGACUUCCAGGACAGAGUGCAGGCACUCUGUCUGUGGCUAAACAUUACAAAAGACUUAAAUCAAAAACUAAGGAUUAUGGGAACUGUUUUGGGCAUCAAAAAUCUUUCUGACAUUGGCUGGCCAGUGUUUGAAAUUCCUUCUCCUGGACCGUCCAAGGACAACGAUCCAGGGGAUAAGGAAGUUGAUAGGGAAACCGAAGUAAAGGAAUCCUCAGGAACAUGCACAGGGGAUAAUGAUGGUGCAGAACAAAUCUCUGAGGAAAACGUUGAGGAACUUAGACAAGCCAUCAAGAACAAUUUUACUAAUAAGCCAAAUUUUGACUUUCAGGACCAUUUUUCAAGGAAGCUUGAUAGGCUUGAAUCUGGGGAUGACUCUGCCUCUUGGAUUAUUCCAGAAUGCAGCGCUGAGGCAGGCUGCAGCAAACACUCUUUGACCUCUAUUUACAGGCCAUUUGUAGACAAAGCACUGAAGCAAAUGGGGUUGAGGAAGCUAAUUUUAAGACUGCACAAGCUCAUGCAUGGGUCCUUGCAAAGGGCCCGUAUGGCGCUGGUAAGGAGCGAUCACCCGCUGGAGUUUUCAGAAUUUCCAGAUCCCAUGUUGUGUUCAGAUUAUGUGCAGUUAUUAAAUUCCCCGCCUUCCUGUGAGAAAAAAUGCAGCACUGUAUCAUGGGAGGAGCUGAAAUCGAUGGACUUGCCCUCUUUCGAACCUGCCUUCUUGGUCCUUUGCCGAGUCCUACUCAACGUUAUCCAUGAAUGUCUCAAGCUAAGGUUGGAACAGAGACCUGCCGGGGAACCCUCUCUAUUGAGCAUUAAGCAGCUAGUAAGAGAGUGUAAAGAGGUCCUGAAGGGUGGCCUGUUAAUGAAGCAAUAUUAUCAGUUUAUGUUACGUGAGGUGUUAGAUGACUUGCAAAAGAUUGACUGCAACAUUGAUUCUUUUGAAGAGGACCUGCAUAAAAUGUUAAUGGUUUACUUUGAUUAUAUGCGAAGCUGGAUCCAAAUGCUACAGCAGUUACCUCAAGCAUCUCAUAGUUUGAAAAAUCUCUUAGAAGAAGAAUGGAAUUUCACCAAAGAAAUAACUCCUUAUAUCAGAGGAGGUGAAGCUCAAGCUGGAAAACUAUUCUGUGAUAUUGCAGGCAUGUUGCUGAAAUCUACAGGAAUAUUUUUAGACUCCGGGCUACAAGAGAGUUGUGAUGAAUUCUGGGCCAGUGCUGAUGAUAGUACUGCAUCAGAUGAAAUCAGGAGGUCUGUCAUAGAAACCAGCCGAGCACUAAAAGAACUCUUUCAUGAAGCUAGAGAAAGGGCAUCCAAAGCUCUUGGUUUUGCUAAAAUGCUGAGGAAGGAUCUUGAAAUAGCAGCAGAGUUUGUGUUGUCAGCCCCUGUGCGAGAUUUCCUGAAUGCUCUGAAAACGAAAGAGUAUGUGAAGGUGCAAAUUCCUGGACUUGAGAACUUACAAGUAUUUGUCCCAAGUAAUAUUGCAGGGGAAAAAUCUGUCAUUUUACAGCUCCUAAAUGCAGCUGCAGGAAAGGAUUGCUCAAAGGAUUCCGAUGAGGUUGCCUAUGAGGCCUAUUUACUGAUGACCAAACACAGUGACAAAGACCACGAACUGGAGGACAGUUGGAGCGCGUGGGAGGGCCAGCCAGUCAAAGUAGUGCCCCAGGUAGAAACUGCUGAUACGCUGCGAAGCAUGCAGGUUGAUAACCUCCUCCUCGUAGUCAUUCAGUCUGCUCAUCUGGUGAGUCAGAGAAAAGCUUUCCAACAGUCUAUUGAAGGGCUCAUAUCUUUGCACCACGAACAGACUUCCAGCCAACCCGUUAUUGCCAAAGCUCUGCAACAGCUAAAGAGUGAUGCAUUACAGCUAUGCAAUAAGAUCAGCAGUGCCAUCGACAGAGUUGAUCGCAUGUUCACAUCCGAGUUUGAGGCUGAAGUUGAUGAAUCUGAAUCUGCCACUUUGCAGCAAUACUACCGGGAAGCCAUGAUUCAGGGCUAUAAUUUUGGGUUUGAGUACCAUAAGGAAGUUGUUCGCCUGAUGUCUGGAGAAUUCAGGCAGAAAAUUGGAGAUAAGUAUAUCAGCUUUGCCAGAAAGUGGAUGAAUUACGUGCUAACAAAAUGUGAGAGUGGCCGAGGCACUCGACCCAGGUGGGCAACUCAAGGUUUUGAUUUUCUUCAAGCCAUUGAGCCAGCGUUUAUUUCAGCUCUCCCAGAAGAUGACUUCUUGAGUUUACAAGCUCUAAUGAAUGAAUGCAUUGGCCAUGUUAUUGGAAAACCUCAUAGUCCUGUUACAGGUUUGUACCUUGCUAUUCAUCGAAACAGUCCCCGUCCUGUAAAGGUACCUCGAUGCCAUAGUGAUCCUCCAAAUCCUCAUCUUAUCAUCCCCACUCCUGAAGGUUUCAGGGGUUCCAGUGUCCCUGAAAAUGAUCGACUGGCUUCAAUUGCAGCCGAGUUGCAGUUCAGGUCCCUUAGUCGUCACUCCAGCCCAACUGAGGAGCGGGAAGAACCGUCAUAUCCAAAAGGAGAUUCGAGUGGAUCAUCCCGGCGGAGUUGGGAGCUCAGAACCUUAAUCAACCAGACCAAAGACACUGCUCCCAAGCAAGCACCAAUCGAAGCAGUUCAGAAAUCUGUUCAGUUGUUUGAAGAAAGGAGAUACAGAGAGAUGAGGAGGAAGAACAUCAUUGGCCAAGUUUGUGACACCCCAAAAUCUUAUGAUAAUGUCAUGCAUGUAGGUUUGAGGAAAGUGACUUUUAAGUGGCAGAGGGGAAACAAAAUUGGUGAAGGCCAGUAUGGGAAGGUCUAUACCUGUAUCAGCGUUGACACUGGGGAGCUGAUGGCUAUGAAAGAAAUAAGAUUUCAGCCCAAUGAUCACAAAACCAUCAAAGAAACAGCAGAUGAACUGAAGAUUUUUGAAGGCAUCAAGCACCCUAAUCUUGUUCGUUAUUUUGGUGUGGAGCUCCAUAGGGAGGAAAUGUACAUCUUCAUGGAGUACUGCGAUGAGGGCACCCUGGAGGAGGUAUCCAAACUGGGCCUGCAGGAACACGUCAUUAGGCUCUACUCCAAGCAAAUCACGAUUGCUAUCAAUGUGCUGCAUGAACAUGGUAUUGUUCAUCGAGACAUUAAAGGAGCCAACAUCUUUCUUACCUCAUCCGGACUGAUUAAAUUAGGAGACUUCGGCUGCUCAGUGAAAUUAAAGAACAACACCCAGACAAUGCCUGGAGAAGUGAACAGCACUUUGGGGACUGCAGCUUACAUGGCUCCCGAAGUCAUUACGAGGGCUAAAGGAGAAGGGCACGGGCGAGCACCAGCUCCUCGACCACCCCUUUGUCAAGGUUUGCACAGAUGAAGAAUGAAGUUACUCAGUCUCUGGCCUUUUUUAUUCUGGCAAAAUAUCUUUUAAUCACUACUGUAUGUAAUAUUUACAUAAAGACUGUGCUGAGAAACAGUCUAAACGUUAAACUUACGAAGACUGCACAGGUGACGAGCGUCACUCUUUCUGCUGCUCCUGUAUGUUUUACUUGGCACAUGUUGCUCCCGUGACGGUGUCCGCAAGUCGAGAGAAGCUGCAUGUUUCAGUGAAAGUGCCAUUACUACUGUAUAUGGACCAUGCCCUUUUUUUGUUUUCUCCUGUUUCUCAUUUGAUUGAGAACUGUAAUGUUAAUAUGUAGUAUUUUUGAACUCUGUAGGUUCAAAAAAAUGCUGUAGUGUUAUCAGGCGUUAUGGACCUUGUUUUUUAAUCUGUUUGUUGAGUGCACUGACUGUGAACUUUUACUGUUUUUUGUUUAUUUGUUUUUGGCGAGCUUCAGAUUUGUUAUGCACAAGGCUGAUUAAUGAAAUUU